CAUGGUGAUUAUGGCGAUGGUCUCUUUAAAUUAGGAUUUAAAUUUAUGUCACUGACCGGCAUCGUCACGGGCGCAUAAUUGCACAUGGCCGAUGCUCGAGGAGUGGAGGUUUUCACAAGAGAAGAAUAAUUCGAAUUAAAUAUAAAAUUUAAAGUCUUUUGAGAAUGAGGCCGUUGACGGAAGAAGAGACGAAGCUUGUGUUUGAAAAACUAUCGAAAUAUAUUGGAGAAAAUCUCAAACUCCUUAUUGAACGUCCUGAUGGAAAUUACUGUUUUAGGCUUCACAAGGAUAGGAUAUAUUAUGUCAGGGAGAACAUUAUGAGAAAAGCGACAAAUGUUGCGAGGGAGAAUCUCGUCUCCCUCGGCACCUGUUUUGGCAAGAUAACUAAAUCAGGGAAAUUUCGCUUGCAUAUAACUGCCCUUGAUUUUCUUGCACCCUAUGCAAAGUUUAAGAUUUGGGUAAAACCUGGUGCUGAACAGUCAUUUCUUUAUGGAAACCAUGUUGCGAAAUCAGGCUUGGGUAGAAUAACAGAGAACACAGAGCAAUAUCAGGGUGUUGUUGUUUACUCAAUGAAUGAUCUGCCACUGGGGUUCGGUGUUGCAGCCAGAUCAACACAAGAUUGUCGUCGGGCCAAUCCUACUGAUAUCAUUUGCUUUCAUCAAGCAGAUACUGGAGAGUAUAUUCGUUCUGAGGAAACAUUGACAUGAAAUAUUUGCAUCUUCAUCUGACAGUAUCACUUGACACUGGGUUGAAGUCAUUGGACAUUAGUAGACCCAGAGAUGCAUUCACCAGACGUUUAUGACGAUUAUUCAUUUUCUCGAAUAAACACAGGGUGAAGUCAUACAGAUGGCAAUAGGAGUUUUUAAUGCAAUGUGGAGAAUGAAGACUUAUGAUAUAAAUUAUGAAAAAACAUAAAAUAUGCCAUGUGAAUGAUGUGAUGUUAUAGUAAUUAUUAUAAUGCCUAAUACAUAUUAUUUUAAUUAAUUAUAAUCAUGCUAUAUUUAUAAGCAGCAAAAUAACUAAAUGCACGUUUUAUAAAUGGCAGAAAAUAUUUAUCACCGCAAACGCCAUGUUAAUGACCUACAAACGAAAAAAUUGAUCGUGAAUUUUUAAUGCUGGUGUACAAAAAAUGAUAAAAUAUUUUGUUGUAAACUUGAGCAACUUGUUUGGCUGAAACUAUUCUUAA